GAGAAUUGAAAGAAAAAGAGGAUCAUAUGAGAGAGAUGAGAGACAGAGAGGAAUGGGAGAGGCAGAAACAAGAAGAAAGACAAAAAGAGGAUGAGGAAUGGAGAACAAAAGAAAAACAGAUUUCUGAUGAACAGAUUCAGAGACUCAAGAAUGAAAUAGAGGGAAUGAUCAAAGAGAACAAGAGAACAAAAGAGAAACAAGAACAAGUAGAGGAUUUGGAGACAAGACUAAAAGAAGAAAGAAACAUCAAAGAAGAUCAACAAAAGACUUUUGAAGAGAUACUUAAACUCCUUGAAGAACAACAUGAAGAUGAACUGAAGAGAAGACAAGUGGAGUGGAGAGAGGAAUAUGAAAGAGAGAAAGAAGAGAUGAAGAAGAAGAUCUGCUCUGAAACUGAUGAUUCAAAACAGGCCUCAGCUUACAGGAAACUGGAGACUGAAUACAGCAAGUGGUCCUGGAAACUUCGCAGAGCCAUGAUGGAAACUGAGAACAAACUACACAACCAAAUAGAAAAUGAAACAAUUCAUGAGAUCGAAGAAACUGAUCUUCAAGGAGAACUGAAGAAGACAAGUGAAGAAGUGAAAAAAUCAAUGUCUGAGUUCUUUGAGAAAGACAAAGAUAAAGAUAUACUUAUUCAGUGGAAAAUUACAUUUGAAAUCAAAAUGAAAGAUGUUGAAGGAAAUAUUGUGAGAGAAACAAAGAGGAAAUUAAAUGAGAUUCUUCAACAGCGAGACCUGAAGAGAAUGAUUGAUGUUCAGAGGACACAUCAUGAAAACACUUACUUUGAAAAGAGCAAAGAACUUGCUUUAAAAUGCAAAAACAAAGCAAUUGACAAAGAAACACUGAGGAAAGAGUUUGAUGUGUUUUGGGAACAGUGGAUGAAGAAGAUCAUCUCAGACACUCCUCCAAUCAGAGACAUUGAUAUAAUGAGAGACGUGAGAGAAAUCCUCAGUAAUGUCUAUAAAAGUCCUCUUGUAGACCACAAGAAAGAAAGGAGAGAUCUUUUUUGUGUGCCAACUUAUUCGGAGUAUGUAUGGUUAAAAAGAGUCAGUGGACUUAAAGGAAUGAUCACAAAUGUCUACAAAUCAGCUGUAGAGAAGUUUGGUUACAGUCUAUCUAAGGAGGAUGAAAAUCAAAUAACAUCAUUAAUUACAAAUGUUGAUCAGCAGACAGAAACAAUGAUUCAGUCAUUUAACAUUUCAAAGAUGGGCUACAACAUCAACUUUAUCCAACAACUCACAGGUUACAUCAAGAGGAUAGUAACAGAACAUGAGGAAGAACCAGUGAAAUAUGUGUUCAAGGAUGAAUUCUUCAUGGAUUUAGUGUAUUCCAUCUUUAAAAGAGCAAACAAGAAGAUCACUGACCAACACAGACUGUUCAUGGAAGCCAAUGAUCCUGUAAUAUAUGUCGAGAAGAAGAGAGAGGAGUACUAUAGCAUUUUCCAGAAAUAUUGUAAUGGAGCAACAUCAGCUACCAUUUUUGGAGAGAUCAUCUGUCAGAACCUGAAAGAGCCCAUUGAGCAGAGUGUCUACAAGAAGACUGCCAGAGAUUUAACAGAUGAAAUGAGAUCAAACUGUGAAUCUCUGAAUGGAAACCGAUCAAAUCUGGAGAAACACAUCCUAAAGUCACUGGCAGAAGAGGAUGCUUUUGGAAUGUAA